AUGGGAGCACUAUCUUAUCCAGAAGGAAUUUGUUUUGUUUACAGAUCAUCAAGCGUUGAAAAAUUUUCGUUCGUUAUCAAGCAUACUUCCGGCAAGACCAAUCGUGUGGCAGAUGCGCUGAGUAGGAGAGCUUCAUUAUUAGUCACGCUGACUCAAGAAGUUGUGGGGUUUGAAUGUCUGAAGGAAUUAUAUGCAGGUGACGAUGAUUUCCGGGAAAUUUGGAUUAAGUGCACUAAUCAAGAGCCAAUGACAAAUUACUUUCUCAAUGAAGGUUAUUUGUUCAAAGGCAACCAGCUGUGUAUUCCAGUUUCUUCUUUAAGGGAGAAGCUCAUUCGGGACUUGCAUGGUGGAGGGUUGAGUGGCCACCUAGGCCGUGACAAAACAAUUGCAUUGAUGGAGGAGAGAUUUUACUGGCCACAGCUCAAACGUGAUGUUGGAACUAUUGUGCACAAGUGCUACAUUUGUCAAACUUCGAAAGGGCAGGAUCUUGUUAUGGAUUUUGUCCUCGGAUUGCCCCGAACACAAAGGGGAGUGGACUCUGUAUUUGUGGUGGUUGAUCGGUUCUCAAAAAUGGCGCAUUUCAUAGCCUGCAAAAAGACUGCCGAUGCAUCAAAUAUAGCCAAACUGUUUUUCAGGGAGGUUGUUCGCUUGCAUGGGGUUCCUACAUCCAUUACAUCUGAUCGUGACACCAAGUUCUUGAGUCAUUUUUGGAUCACUUUGUGGAGACUGUUUGGGACUACUUUGAAUCGUAGCAGCACUGCCCAUCCCCAAACUGAUGGCCAGACUGAGGUUACAAACCGGACAUUGGGCAAUAUGGUGCGAAGCGUCUGUGGAGAGAAGCCGAAACAAUGGGAUUAUGCAUUACCGCAAGUGGAGUUUGCAUACAACAGUGCAGUCCAUAGCGCUACUGGGAAGCCAGCAAACCAGUAUGGCAGCGAAAAUUUGGCUGAAGAAGUGGUAGCCGUUCGAGAUGAGGUCAAGCAGAAACUUGAGCAAACAAAUGCUAAGUACAAAGCUGCUGCGGAUAAGCAUCGACGUGUUAAAGUGUUUCAAGAAGGCGAUUCUGUGAUGAUAUUUCUGAGGAAGGAGAGGUUUCCAGUUGGCACUUACAGCAAGCUUAAACCGAAGAAAUAUGGUCCUUACAAAGUGCUCAAACGGAUCAAUGAUAAUGCCUAUGUUAUUGAGUUACCGGAUUCCAUGGGAAUUUCCAAUAUUUUUAAUGUUGCAUAUUUAUAUGAGUUCCGUGAAGAUGAGGUUCUUUAUCCAGAUCAUAACUCGGGGUCGAGUUCUUUGGAGGUGGAGAGGACUGAUGUAGAACAUAUGGCAGAUUUUAUCGCGGUUGAGCAAGAAAAGGGACGUGGUGGGAAUUUGCAGAAUUGUCGUCCGAGCUCCGAUUAG